AUGGCAAACGCGACUCCAAGCCCCAUACGCGUGGCCAUUAUCGGAGGCGGUCUUGCUGGUGCCACUCUAGCAAACGCUUUGAUCAAGCACUCUCACCUUGAAAUCCACCUAUUCGAGUCCGCUCCCGAGUUCUCGGAGCGUGGGGCGGCGGUCGGGUUGUCCAUCAAUUCUCAAAACGGUCUGGGACAGAUUGUGUCUUCGGCGGAUGAACUCCUCAACAAAGCGGGGGCAGUCCCCAUGAGCUCUACUCGAUUGGUCAUAGGCUCGGGACCGGAUGCAGGGACUCUCGUUCAUGACCUCGCAGAUGACCUUGCGGGCCGAGAGCCCGGAAAGGUUCUUCAUCGUGCUUCGCUCCUCCGUGAACUCCUGGCUCCCCUGCCAAAACACAUACUGCACGCUAAUAAAAAGCUGACCGCAAUAACGCCCAGGGAUGAUGGGAGAGUUAAAUUAACAUUCCAAGACGGAACCAUCGAGGAUUUCAACGCUGUGAUUGGCGCCGACGGCAUAUUUGGCACGGUUCGCGACCAUGUACUCCAAGACGUUGCGAAGGAACACGCCGCCACAGCUGCUGGAUUCUGGGACUGCAGAUGCCUAGUCCCCUUUGAAAAGGCUAAGUCUAUCCUCGGGGCGCAACAUUUCGAGAUAGACCGCCAGUACGGAUGGCUAGGAGAUGGUGUGAUGUGUAUGCAUGAUGUUCUUGAAAAUAGGGAGUCAGUCCAGUGUGUCAUAUCGGCCGUAGAGACCGAUCCACCUAAGAACCGGAAAAGAACGCUUACAAGGGAGUUUCUAAAUAAAACGCUAUACAAUUGGCAAGAUAGCCAAAUUGCCAAGGGAAUGAUAGACAUCUGCCUCGAGCAAGAAGGCGCACAAGGUUAUUCGCAGUGGGAGCACAAAUCGACACCAAAGUAUGCCAACGGUUAUGUAUGCGUUGCUGGAGACGCGGCACAUGCGACUAGUCCUUGGCAAGGGUCUGGAGCUGGCAUGGCUAUCGAAGAUGCUAUGAUCCUAGGUGCUCUUUUUGGCGAAGUAUCCUCUCCUAAAAAAAUCCCAGCAGCAUUCAAAGCGUUUGAUGUGGUAAGAAGACCAAGAUGCCAAAGGAUCAUCGAUUCUAGCCGUGAAACGGGCUUGCUUUUUCUCGGAAAGAACCCGGAUGUUGGUUUGGACCCCGCUAAAAUGAAGGAAGCCAUUGCUCCAAGGUGGAAUUUCAUAUUUGGGCUGGAUAUGGAAAGUCACAAGGGAGAGGCGAUAAGCAAGUUCAAAGAAUUCCUUUGAAGGAAGCCAUAGGGUUCGGGAUGGUAUGCUGGCAC